CUUAGCGUUAACUUCCUGAAAAAACCAGUUUUGUAGUUCAAUAUAAUGAGUAUUUAGAUAGUAAUUUUAUGAAGGGAAGAUAGGUGACUAAUUAUCAAAAUGUGUGCCGCUCCCACCGUAAAAUUAGCAGCAGAUCAUCGUUCUUCGGAGCAAAAUAAGACAACCGAACAGGAGAGCUCUAGUCAACAACCACUAGAUACAGUAGAAGAAGUCAAUGAAAAUGUGCCAAGUGAAAUUUUUGAACGUCCGUUCGAGCAAGAAGAUUUUGUCGAAAUACCCGCAAAAAUAUUUGGAUUAAAGGAAGUUUCGGAACCAUUAACCAUACCUGGGCUAAAUAAUGCAAUAUAUGAAUUGGGCGUGGUUAAUAUGUGCUGGCCUGAGAUCGACGAACCUGUUUUUGAAAACCGUACAUGUUUUCCGCCAAGUUACUACACGAACAGUCCGAAAGAACGUUUGCUUUUGGCAUAUGCAGAGAAUUUUCGGCGCCAAUAUAAUUUUCAUUACAAAAUGCGAAAACCCAUUUUGUUACAAGUCCCAAAUGAAUGUGGUUUACAGAAAAUGGUGUGCACUUCUAUAAGACCGACAAAACUGAACUUUGAUGAAACGAAUAGUUGGCAGGGAAUUGCUUCGUUAGUUUCCGACUACUUUGACUACGAGCCCUUGACCAAGCCUACCUUGCACCCUGAGCGCCUUAUCUCUCCAUACACGGCGAUCAUCCGACGCAGUGCGAACCCCUUCGAACUAGCUCAUGUACUGGUCUCCUGGCUGGCUGGAGCUGGUUAUGAUGCCUACGUCGUCGUUGGAUGUGCCACCAGAGAUGUCUGUAUGGCCAUUAGAUACCGCACCAUCUGUCCAGAGAUACCUGAUGAGAAUGAGACUGUCGAGGAACCUCCACCGCCAGAAGAAGAGCCACGCUACAAGCUGGUGCCGCUUCCAGAUCUUACAUCCAAAUAUUGUAAGGAAAUGGACGUCAAAACGGCAAAUAAAAUACAAGCAGAAAAGGAUAAGAUUGAAAAUGAGAGGCAAAGGAAAAUUGCUGAAUUAGAGAAACCACCUCCAGAUGAGAUGGAUGGUUGGCGCACUCACGCAUGGGUGCUGGUGCUGCCUCCCUUCAUGGGGGUUGAGGAGCCAUUCUUCAUUGAGCCCAGCGAGGGUAACGGGUACCCGUUAAACGCUAAGCAGUAUCAACACAUCGAGAGCGUUUAUAAUCAUGAGAAUUAUUAUGUAAAUAUCCAGAAAGAGCCAGAAGAAGGACUCGGAGCCCUGAACUACGACCUCCGAGACCUAUCGUGUUGGGAACAUCUCCUCGCAGGAGAGCCCUUUUACAGGCGUGAGUUAGUUGGUAUCGACACCAGUGACAAGAGAACUGCAGUAGACACAGAAAAACACUUGGAUAUGCCGUUCAGCUGGGUUGAGAAGCUGGAUAUUUCUGGGGAUGAAUAUGAACAGCGUUAUCCAGGAAGUCAUAAAGUCAUCCACUACAAAAAGGUGUUGCUUGAGAAAUUCUCGCCAUAUUCUCAGAGAGACGGGAUCGUGAAACGCAUCAAGAUAUUCGAAGACUACGCCCUCACUAUUCCUCUGAUUACAUACGAAUGGUAUAAACAGAGAGAGGACAAAAUGGAAUUCGUGAGGUUGGAUCAUGUAGCGCGACAGGUCAAGGAAACAUUUCUUAUCGGCAGGAAAGAUCAUCUUUUGAAACAUUCUUACUCCAUGGACGCGCCACCGUGUUCAGUAGAGGGAGACCGCGUAAUGGAGUUCAACUACUAUCCCCGAAUUGACCACCUCUCCAAGCUAGUGUGCACUCCUCUAACAUUUGAAGAACAUUACAUCAAUCGAGACGACAGAUUGGAAUCUCGAAUAAUAGUUUACACAGAAGGUACUAAACUCGAACCAAAACGUAAAGUCAAGGACAUCACAGAGACGUACAGUCGAAACUACGACAUCCCAGCCAAAAAGGACAUUUGGAAGAAGAUCUUCCACAUUCAAGAUAAUACUAUAGAACUCCUGUACCAAUACGCCUACAACUUUGUCACGAACGACACAAGAAGUUUCAUAAAACCGAACUUGGCAGAAACUGGCGGAAAAAUCCUGUUCUAUCCGGACAAAACAUCUGGUUACAUUGCGGAUCCGAAUGCCGAUCCACCUCGCGCCCUAGACGUGUACUACGCCCUUUGUGAGAAUAUAGACUGGGAAUAUAACACUACGAAACACAUUAGAGAUCGGGAGACAGAUGUGAACAGCUACCUUCGAGAAAGACAUCGUGAACUGAAGGAACCAACGUUGUACGUCGCUCUGUUUGACACGGAGAGGAAUGAAGCUGCCAAGAAAGGUUGGACUGAGAAGGAACUGCAAAAAGCCGAAGUGACAGAGAGAGAAAAGGAAGCUGAGAUCGAUCCUCUCGCCCCAUAUCUUGCUCGUAUGUUUGGCUCGGGCCAUGGAACAGGCUCUCAGAUCUCCAUGAAGGAAGCGACGUUGAUCAGAGAGCAGUGCAUCAACGACUUCAAGGCGAAACAACUAGCCCGACAGAACUUGGUGCAGGAGAGAUUUGAUAAGUACAAUGCCGAAUACAAAACGAAGAGGCUUUGGUAUUUGGCCAACCAAUUUAUUCUCACGCCAGAAAAAGAGAGCACUUACUUCGCUGCGAGCGCUGAACUAUCCUUCAAAGUGCACGCGUUGGAGGUGAGGCUGACACGCCACCGAGACCUAUCAGGACCUAGAUUCAAGGCCCUGCUGGACUACCUGGACAAACAUCGACUGCUCAAGGAGUAUAAUAAAGCGGCACAUCUUCACCACCGAAAUGAAAGGGACAGGAAAGGAUUCUCGUUCUCAUAG